AUGCUAUAUGAUAUUUGUCCUUGCUUCCAGAAAGAUGCAGUUCGCACCUCUAUUUUAUCAAGUAGGUGGAGGUUUCUUUUUUCUUCAGUUUCUACUCUUGAUUUUUCUCAUGAAGCACACCUUUUAAAUGGUGUAGACUUUGUCGAUGAUGAUCCAAGAUUGAAUUUACUUCAUCGUGGUGAUAUCUCAUAUCAACCUUUUCAUGUUGCCAUUAAUGCCCUAAGUCUUGUCUACUUCAAAUACUCUGGUAUUCUAUUAAACAACUAUUCAUUAGUAAACCUAAAUUCUCUUGUCAAGGCUGAUAUAAGUGAUAUAGGGUAUGGAUUUUCAAAUGUGGUCAACGUUGAAGCUGUAACUAAUUUGUUUAAUGGAAUUAGUAAUGUUUGA